ACGCAAUGUAGUAGAAUUAGAAUGAUUAAAUAAAUGAUUUAAAUAGUUAUAAAGUAUAGAUAGGCAAGAGUCUAAUCUUAAGACCUGGAGGAAAUAUGUAAAUAUACUUAAUUCCCUAGUUUUAUUAUACCCACAAUAUUUGAUAACAAUCUAUGUCAAUUUUAUGAAUGCAAGAUCUAUAUUAAUCAAUAUAACUAUAUUUCUAUUCCUUCUAAUUUUGAAAGCUAUCAACAAAAUAUUGAAUAUACAGGAUUUAUAGAUAAAGUCACUUUUUUACCUCAUGGAUAAGGAGAAUUAAAUAUGAAUAAUUUUAUUCGAUUUAGUGGUUAAUUUUUAGAAGGAUUAGCAGAUAAUAUAUGUGUAGUUGAAGAAGUUAGUGGAAUCAAGAAAUAAUAUACUUAUCGUUGUGGUUAAAAACACGGUCCAUUUUUUGAAAAAAAUGAAAAUUAUGAAACUCUAGGAUACUAUGAGAACAAUUUAUUGUAAGGAGAAUUAAUUUGUAAAGAUAAUUAAGGAGUAAUACAAUCUUAAAAAUUUUAUCAUAAUAAUAUUUAAGUUAAUUAUAAUACUUAAGAAUAUUCAAAUUAAAUUUAAUAAAACACUUCCCGAUAUUUAUUUUUUCAUAAAGAUUAUUCAAUAAAUAAUUAUCUAUUUCUAGGUUUAAAUGAUGGAAAUUGGUUAAAUCAAUUAUUAAUUGAUUAUUAUUUAGAAUUAGUUCAAGAUUAUUAUAGAUGUAUCUAUACUGACUAAGAAAUACUUCUGAUAAAUACGAUUAUGAGUUAAGAUAUAUUUUCCAGUUAAAUUAGUAACUUUAGCAUAGGAUUGAAUAAAACAGAAAAAAUUGAGGAAUUAUUAAAAUAAAAAUAUAAUAGAAUCACUAUAAUAUUGAAUGCUGAUAGAUCUCAUUUCAUAACAUUAGUAUUUUAGAAUAAUGCACUUUAUUUACUCAAUUCCAUGAAUUUUAUUAAUGAUCAAGAUAUUUUGAAUAAAGUAGCGUAAAUGUUUAAUAAGCCUGAGUAAUAAAUUAAGACAAUAAUUUUAAAUGUUCCACAAUAAUAAAAUUGUUAUGAUUGUGGUUUGUAUUCUAUUUUUAAUGUUCUCUUACAAUAUUAAAAUAUUGACAAAUCUGUUGGAGAGAUUGAUUACAAUAUUACGACACCAUAAAAAAUAACAUUUUUAAGGUAGCAUAUAAGAAAUGUUUUAAUUAAUGAUUAUUCACAUAUAAUUCCUAUUUAUAAAUGA